UCGUCUUUUGCGUGGCCCUGCUUCUGCAACCGCAUCUUAGAUCAAUCCACCACCAUGAUUAAGGAAAAAAAAUUGGUUUUUUUAACAUAAAAAUUGUUGCUUUCAUAAGCUACUCUGCUUCUUUAUUAUUAAUUUGACCAUAACUCCCUUAACUAAAAUACCAACCAAUCAUCCUUGUUUAAUUUUCCUAUGCCUCACUUUCUUGUUUCUGUAACGCUUCCUGCGCCUUGUUCUCCUUUGUCACCAUAAGCUCUCUCUCCCUUGCUUGAUUCUCUCUUGCCAAGUUGCAGGUUUUGGACUCACAAAAUUGGUCCUUUUGAGAGAGGGCCGAUACCCCCUCUCUUUUUUUCUUCUAUUUUCAACCAAGACUCGACUCCACUGCCUCAAAUGGAGAAAACCCAAGAAAUUGCGGUGACCCAGAUGAGGAAAUCAAGUGAGAAGUUUGGUUCUUCAACUGAGAGCUAUGGGGACACAACAUUGAUGAGAUUCUUAAUUGCGAGGUCAAUGGACCCAGAAAAGGCAGCAAAGAUGUUUGUACAGUGGCAGAAAUGGAGGGCUGCAUUUGUUCCUAAUGGGUUUAUAGCAGACUCUGAAGUUCAAGAUGAGCUGCAAACAAGGAAGAUAUAUUUGCAGAGUUUAACAAAAGAGGGAUAUCCACUGUUGAUUGUCAAAGCAAGCAAGCAUUUGCCUGCAAAGGAUCAUCUACAAUUCAAGAAGUUUGUGGUUCAUUUGCUAGACAAAACAAUUGCAAGCUCAUUGAAAGGAAAAGAAAAAGGAAAUGAAAAGUUGAUUGCCAUUCUCGAUCUGCAACAAAUUGCAUAUAGGAACAUUGAUGCACGUGGUUUGAUCAUUGGUUUUCAAUUUUUGCAGGCUUACUACCCUGAGCGUUUAGCAAAGCUCUUCAUUUUACAUAUGCCAUGGUUCUUUGUUAGUGUAUGGAGGAUGGUUUCUCGUUUCCUUGAGAAAGCAACACUGGAAAAGAUUGUUAUAGUCAGCAAUGAAGAAGAAAGAAAAGAUUUUAUGAAGGAAAUUGGUGAAGAAUCCUUGCCUGAAGAGUAUGGUGGUCAAGCGAAGCUUGUAGCUCUCCAAGAUGUUAUUCUGCCUCAGUUGGAGGUUUGAACCCAAAAAUAGGUUAUUGUAGUUCUAUAUAUACCAUAUAGAUGAUACUUACUGUCAAUAAGAGGUGUUGACUAAUUCCAAUUUGAAAACAUGUUAAUCAAUGUUGACUAAUUAUAUUCUCUACUGUUUUUGAAGUUACCUUGUCAUUGACAUUAAUGGAAAGGUUCCUCAGAAUAAGAUGGUCUCAAUUGUUUGUGUA